AUGCAAGACCCUAGGGAUCCCCAAGGACCUCCCCCGGCCCAGGGCCGUCCCCUGAACCAAAACCCUCCAAGGAGACAGCGGCAGGAGCGCACGGUCUACACUCGCAGCCAGCAGGAACAGCUAGAAGCUUACUUUCAGGAGAAGCAGUACCCGAACUUUGACGAGCGACUGGAGCUGGCGCAGAAACUCGACCUCAGGGAGCAGCAACUGCAGGUGUGGUUCAAGAAUCGUCGCGCCAAACUAGCCCGGGAGCGGCGGCUCCAGAAGCAGCCCCAGAGCGGCCCAGGGCGGAGAGGCCGCGGAGCCCGGGCUGCGCCCCCAGACCCUGCAGGCGCUGCCUCCGCCCCUGGGGGUCCUGAGUUCCCGCAGGGCUGGGAUUCCUGGAUGUCCCCUCAGCCGGGCCCCUCGGGAAUCCUCCCAGCAGCAAAACCCACGACCUACAGCCUCCACCAGGCCUGGGGCGGUCCUGAGCGAGGCGCGCAGGGUGGCUUCCUGGCUGGCCCGGGUCCAGGCCCCGGCCCGAUCCCAGCCCCAGUCCGUGGCCCAAUCUCAGCCCCAGCUCAGAUCCCAGGCCGGAUCCCGGGCCCCAUCCCAGGCCCAGCCCAGAUCCCAGGCCCAAUCCUAGCCCCAAUUCCAGGCCCAAUCUCAGCCCCAGCUCAGAUCCCACCAGGAUCACUCCCAGACCCAAUCCCAGGCCCAGGAUCAUUCCCAGCCCCAGGCCCUGUGUGGCCUCAGAGCCCCUAGACCUCCAACUUCUCGCCAGACACUCCAUUAUUGCCUGACUUCACGGAGCUGCUCACACCUCUAGACCCCUUGGAGGGAUCCUCAGUCUCCACCAUGACGUCUCAGUACCAAGAAGGGGAUGACUCUACGAACAAAGACUCAGGGUCUCAGCAUCAAGAGGAUGGUCUGAAUGAAAACUACUCAGGCCCCAGGUGAUUACUGGAUGUGGACAUUUGCUGUCUUCACUGUGUGGCCAUCAUAGGUGGCUCUGCUGCAAAGGUGCCUGCCUCUCAUUUGAAUUGGGCCUGA